UACGAUGGUUGUCAAAAUGGCGACAGUUUCGCCAAGAACGGGGUCUUUUGAGGUAUAUAUUCGUCAGCAGUGGUGUAAGGUGUUCGUGACUUUGAAUGAAGACAACGUUACGCUAGCAUUGGAUGAAAAUGUAAAUAACUCUUUACCCCUGAAUAUCAGCACGGAUAGUUCGACUACUAGUACCAAACAAGAUCAGCUACCUGAAUCCAUUGCCGGCCAAAAGCGACUUGUGAGAGUAAUUAAAGAAGAGCAAAAUGGACUUGGUAUUAGCAUCAAAGGAGGCAAAGAAAAUAAAAUGCCAAUACUCAUUAGUAAAAUCUUUAAAGGAAUGGCAGCAGAUAAAACAGAAAAGUUGUAUGUCGGUGAUGCCAUUUUAUCGGUCAAUGGCGAAGACCUUCGAGAGGCAACCCAUGACGAAGCAGUAAGAGCUCUCAAAAAAGCCAAGAAAAUUGUAGAACUCGAAGUUAAAUACAUCACAGAUUUCAGUCCCUGUUUUCGCAAGAUCUCAGCUUUAAAUGAAUUAGGAUGGGGGAGUCAGGAGGCCCAGAGGGAUGCAGCCCGAGCCAACUGGACGGAAACAAAAACAAUACCACUAAAACUGUGCUACCUGUGUAGAAAUCUUAGCAUGUCUGACCCAGAAAAACGUACCAUUGAAUUACAUUCACCAGAUGGAAAGUCUACUUGCAUUAUAAGGUUUCCAGAUGCAGCUAUUGCCAGUGACUGGUUUAAUGCCAUUCAUUCAAAUGUUACAUUAUUACUAAGCCAGUGUAUUGUGGAGGCCAAUCAGGUCAUGUCCUCAGCUCCAAACUCAAGAGAAAUUAAGCAUAUUGGUUGGCUCUCAGAACAGCUUGUGAAUGAGCAGGGAAGCCUGACAUGGAAGCCAGUGUUUAUAGCUUUAACAGACAAAGAUAUGCUUCUAUAUGACACGGCUCCUUGGAGUAAAGAGGAAUGGGCUACCCCAUUCCAAAGUCACCCACUUCUUGCCACAAGAUUAGUUCAUUCUGGUCGACUCAGCAAUCCAUCUUCUGGAACAGAUGUUCUGACAUUUGGUACAAGGUGUGGCACUCGUAUUGGAGUAGAGACACACAUAUUUCGUGUGGAGACACAGAGAGAUUUGGCUUACUGGUCUCGAGCCCUAGUCCAAGGUUCUCAUGGAGUUGCAGCCAUUAUCAAAGAAGUUACUUGCCCUGUGAAGUGGCAAGGUAGAGAUGCUAGACUCACAAUUCACUAUGACUCUGGGUUUACGCUCCAAACCAUUGCCCCCAGCGAGGGCCCUGAGGCCUCCACUUCAACCACCUCCACAGUGGCUUGGUCUUACCCAUACGAAAAGUUACGCAUUACUGGAGAUGAUGGACACAGACUGCUAUGGCUAGAAUUUGCGGAUGGAUCAGAACAGGAACUGGACCUUGGUACAUGUCCUAAACCAAUUGUCUUCGUUCUGCACACAUUUUUGUCAGCCAAAGUGAACAGACUGGGUCUGCUAACAGCUUCCGACUUGUCAUUUAGUCUCUGGAUAUCAUGGGAGCUGUCUCCCAGUAUUGAUCCAGAGGUCUACGUUCAAGAUCUUCUCUGGCCACCUGAUGUUGAGGAUGUGGCGCAAGCACUUGUUGACGAAUGUCUGUAUCUUGUUGGUGAUGGGUUACCCGCCAUGUCUUGGAUCUUGCUGCAUCAGCUUCCAGAUAAUCUCCCUGACGACGCUGUCGAAUGCUUUCUCGAAGUCGACAAAGGUCGUGUAGAAGGGAGACUGCCACUCUACGCAUUGCUCAAUAAUGAUACGCAGAGUAGCGAUAUGGAUGAUUCUUGUGAGUACCUUGCUGGGAAUGGACAUCAGCAUGAUUCCUCGCCAGUUGCUGCACUGGGAGAGGUUGCCUUUCUUCGGAAGCUUCACCAGGAUUUGAUUGCUUUGAUGAUCUCUGCCUUGGUUGGUGUAUUGAUGUUGAUGCUGAGGGGCUCUUCUUCUGGUGUUAUGUCGGGAUCUACUUGCGGUGGUGUCGGGAUCGAAAUUCCGUCAUUUCGCGGGAAAGUGUUGAUAAACAACAUAAAACUUCAAAAAAAAAAAAGAAAACACGUACUUGACUUGAAAAUGAGUAAUAAGCUUGUGAAAAAUUUAUCUCAGAAGUUAAAAGUAACAUCUCCAACAGUCUUAAGUAAGGCAGAGGAACUAACCCAGUUGUUAGACGUUAAAGUCGGGAGCCAGGCGCUGUCUGCUCUUAAUUUGACAGGUUCUUGUCCUGUUGUUAUGUGCUUGGAACUAGCAGCUAAUACCAUGGGGAAGUCCUUCAACAAGGAGGAAGCUUUAAAAUUAUCAGGAGUAAACAAGAAAGUCUAUACCAAUGGCCUGAAAGCAUUGGAGAGCAUGCUAGACCUUUCAACCAAUGUCACCAUAAAGGAUCUUGCCAUACAGUUUGGCUGCACACCUGCUACAGAGUUAGCAUCCAAAACUCUCAAAAGUUAUGAGGAGGAAUAUAAAUCCAAGUCCUGUACAGAGAUGGACUUUUCAUCUCCAAUGUUCCAAGCCACGGCUCUUUGUGCUGCAUGUAGGAAACUAAAGUUAAAAAUAGACAGGAAUAAACUGCGAGAGGUGUGCAGCAUAAAGAGAUCAACGUAUGACAGGCUGGUAACGGAAAUGGAAAUCCAUGCAGUGAAAAUGAUAGAGACAAAAACAUUUGAAAAACAGAAAAGAAGUAGAGGUCUCCUGGAUGAAGUGGAAAAACAUCUCAAAGAUGAGGGAAUAGCCAAGAAACAGAAGAACGAGGAAACUGAAGGGGAAGUGGACGAUUAUGAAGUCUGGAAGAAAAAGAUUUUGGUGGCUGUGGCAGAAGCAAAAGCCAAAGGGAAAUGAAUCUGAUUUAGUGUUGCAAUAGGAUAUACAAGAAACAGCUAUUAAUGAUAUAUGUAUCAAGAAGGUAGUCACAGUUUGCGAUGUACAAAGUUGUCAGUUUCAGACAGAUUCUUCAUAGGUCCAUUGUUGUUCAAAAAAGCUUUGUGAUUUGUCAGUCAUUUGGACAGUCAGAAUGCAUAUUACUGUUAACAUUGACUUCCAAUAACAUUUUCUAAAUAAACGGUCACCUGAGUUACUUUGAUGACCUAUUGCUAUU